AUGGACGGCAAGGGCUUGAGUUUAUCGAGUCUGAAGGAGAAGGUGGCCUCCAAAAUGAAGGAGAACCAAAAACCGUCGAAAGCGGGUAAAAAAGGCUCCGGCAAGGAAACCAAGCGUGAAUCAAACAAACCUGCUUCGAAGAACGCUGCUGGCACCAACUCUGCAAAAACCGAGGUCAUAAAAUCAAACAAAAGUGCCGAAAAGGAGGCUAUCCGUCGUGAAGCCCUAGCGUUGGGCGCCUCUGAAAAGGACUUAGAUUUGAUCAAUGGUCUUUCCGAUGACGACGACGUGAGUGAGCAAGAAUUUGGCGGCUCUAAAGACGAAAAUGAUAAGAAGUUCGACGACGACUUCCAGAGUUUUUUGAAAAGCGCUGGGAUCGACGCUGUGACCGCUCGUCAAGACGUGGUAGAGGGCCAAGAAGAUCAAGACCAGGAGAGUGAAAGCAGCAGCGAAGAAGAGGAAGAAGAAGAAGAAGAAGAAGAAGAAGAAGAAGAAGAAGAAGAAGAGGAAGAAGAGGAAGACAUCCCCGAGCUUGUGAAAACCAAUGAAGAAGAGUUGUCCCUUGGAUCCGACUCGUCCGAAGACGAAAAGUCUGAGGCCGAGGAGGGUCCUUUUCUUAAUCAAGACUCAGACCCAGAGACCACCGAAGAAAAGAAGGAGGACAAAAACUUGAUUUCUCAAACUCACUUGGUGACUUCGGACAGACUGCUGCUGCCAGCAGACGUAAUAUGGCACGAAAUACCACUGGACCCCGAGGCAAACGCCCAAAACGAUCCCUUGUCCGCGGAUAAGAUCGACGCUUUGUACCAGCGAGCCAAGGAAGCGCUCGAGGCCGACAACACACUAUAUUACGAGGAAUUCACCAAAAACUCAUCUCAAAGAAAGUUUAUGUCGCAGAUUUUGAGCGACGGUACACUCAAUGAUAAAAUCUCCGCAUUGACACUGUUGAUUCAGGAGUCUCCACUGCACAACACCAAAUCAUUGGAUACAUUGAUCUCCUUUUGUGGCAAGAAAUCAAGAAACUCAGCUUUGCAAAGUUUGAAUGCAUUGAAGGAUCUUUUACUCAACGGCUUGCUUCCUGACAGAAAACUAAAAUAUUUCAAGAACCAAAACCUAUCGAUGAUGCUAAACAAGAAAACGUUGGCUAUCUUCUAUUUCGAGGACUACCUGAAAAAUCUCUACUUCCAAGUUCUGCAAGUGGUGGAAAGGCUAUCUCACGAUCCAAUUAUCCAUGUCCGCAUGCAAGUGUUAUCACACAUUUUUGAGCUUUUGACAGCCAAGCCUGAACAGGAAUUCAACCUGCUAAGACUCGGUGUUAACAAGUUGGGUGACAUCGAUAACAAAGUCUCUUCUAAGACGUCGUUCCAAUUAUUGAAACUAGAGCAAGCACACCCCAACAUGAAAUCGAUUGUGUUGGACGCUACGGUUGACGUGGCAUUGAGGCCAAGUGCGGACUACCACACCACUUACUACUCUGUGCUGACGCUAAAUCAAACUAUUUUGAAAAGGUCUGAGGAUAAAAUAGCAAACCAAUUGAUCAAGACCUAUUUCACCUUAUUCGAAAAAUUCCUGCUUUCCACCGACUCAUCGAAUGCCGAAGGUGGGGACCAUGCCCCUCAGAACAAGCAGGCUUCUUACGAGAACAAGCGGAAGAAGAACUUCAAGCGCGGUAAGAAUGGUGGAAAGUCUGUGAAAAACGAGAAGACCGACAAAGAAGUGGUGGAUGAGAAAAACUCCAAGCUAUUUUCAGCCAUUCUCACAGGGCUGAAUCGUGCUUUGCCAUUUUCAAACAUGCCAGCCAGCGUGUACGAGACUCACUUGGACACUCUGUUCCAAAUUACGCAUUCCUCCAAUUUCAACACCGCUGUGCAAGCGUUGAUGCUGAUACACCAGGUCACACUAAAGGCGGAGCUGAACGAUGACAGAUAUUACCGAACCCUGUAUGAAAGUCUUUUGGACGCACGUCUAGUGACUUCUUCCAAACAGGGUAUUUACAUGAACUUGCUAUACAAGUCGUUGAAGCGCGACAAGCACGUUGCGCGUGUCGAGGCGUUCGUGAAAAGAAUCUUGCAGGUGUGUUCAAGCUGGCUAAAUGUGGGUGCUUUGGCAGGAAUGCUGUUUUUGCUGCUACAACUAGGGAAGUCUGUGCCGCAGAUCAAAAACCUGUUUACCAACACUCCUGCGGAUGAGGAAUAUGCGUCAGAAGACGAGACUACUGACAAGGACUCUCAAAAGCCUGCUUACGACAGUGGUAAGAGAGAUCCAAAGUUUGCUAACGCGGACAAUACGUCUGUGUGGGAGAUUCGUCAUUUCCUAAAUCAUUACCAUCCCACAGUGCAAACAUACGCAGAGGCCUUUUUAAACAGCUCUGAGGAUGUGACGAAGCCAGAUCUUGGUCUAUACACUUUGGCACACUUUUUGGAUCGGUUUGUGUACCGUAAUGCGAAGCAAAAGCCCACGACCCGUGGUAAUUCUAUCAUGCAGCCGUUGGGCGGAUCUCACACGGGGUCGCUGAUUGUUAGAGCCUCGGACGCACACGCAACGGGUCUGAAUGUAGUGCCAGCGAACACUCAGGACUGGUUGGCCAAGAAGGUGGAUCAGGUGAACCCAGACGAGCGGUUCUUCCACCAGUACUUCAGCACAAAACAGACUGCGAUCAAACGCGCUGAGAAGGACAAGAAAGGCGGCGCAAAGGGCGACAGCAACGAGUUCGAAAACGAGAGCGAACUCGACGAAGACGAGGUGUGGGAUGCGCUGGUGAAAUCGCGGCCGGACGUGGAAGACGACAGCGACGACGACGAGUCCAUGGACGAUUUGGAGGCGAUGUCGAUGUCGGACGAGAGCGGGGACGAAGAGGAAGACGAAGAAGUCGAAGCAGAAGCCGAAGCCGAAGCCGAAGCCGAAGCAGAAGAAGACGAGGACGACGAAGACGUGUUCUACAGUUUUGCCGACGAAAGCGCUAAUACCAAUUCCAAGAAACGGAAGCGUGAGGACGGGCGUGCGGACGCUGGCGACAGUGGCAGCGACGACGACGACGAAGAAGACGCGGCGCUUGCAGAGGCCUUCCAGAGCGAAAGCGAGAGCGAGAGCGAAAGCGACCGUGAGAGCGCGACUCCGGAGGUGCCGACUGCGGGCCAACGUCUGUCGCGUAAGAAACUCAAGAGUCUACCGGUGUUUGCGUCUGUGGACGAUUACGCUGAGUACAUGAGCGAGUGA